GGCACAUCUGGUGCGUGCCCGGCGUAAGGUGCCUGCCCUGGUCGCGUAGCGACGCGGCGGCUUGUGUCAGUCCGGUGGCGCCGGGGUGGAGAGCGGGUCGGCCGUGGAAGCGACUUCUAUCCCCCGCUGGCUCCACAAUGCGACCCCGAUGAGGAUGGGUGUCCCGUGGAGGGCUGGGCUCGGGCCCGGGCCCAGCGGCCGCACUGUGCGGCUGCUCGCCCUGCUCGGAGCUCUGGCGCUGCUGCUCAGCCCGGCAGCUGGAGACUGUUCCAGAGCAUUGGACUGUGCAAUUAAACGAAGAGAAUCUUGCACACGUGGAUUGAAUGGCUGUGGCUCAUGUCUCCCUGACUUUAUUGAAGAUGAAGAAGGAAAUUGUGUUCAGAAGCCCUCUGUCCAGAAAGGAAACCACCAUGGAGCCCCAGAUAUUGAUGAUGAUAUUGAUUACAUAGCAUCCAUCCUAGCCAAAAAAGUUGAUAGUCCACAUACACUACAGCUGGAUGCAGUGGAUGACAGGAUGAAAGCUGCUAACGUCCAAGAUGAAUCGAGAGCAGUUCGUGCAGACAUACCAUCCAAUAAAGCUACGGCCAUUGUGACUGCGAGCACACCGCAAAAUACACCUGCUAAAGUGGCAGCAGUAAAGAGUCACCCAAAGAAAGCACCUGUUCCUUUCACUGAUGCCCUCCUGCUCACUUUAAUUAUUGUGUGCACAGUGGCAGGUGUUUCCGGUUUGAUCCUUGCUGGCAUCUGCUGGUACAGGUUACAGAAAGAGGUGAAGUUAACUCGGAAAGCAGAUUAUGUAGGCUAUGGCAUAGCUGGACCCAAUGCCCAAACUGAGAAAUCCCUGAAUGGGGACAAUAAACUGGCACAGAGUGCUCAGAUGUACCAUUACCAACAUCAGAAGCAGCAGAUGUUAUCGAUGGAAAAAAAUAAAGAUGAAUCCAAAGUACCGGAUUCAGCAACAGAAUCUGAAGGAGAAAAUGAAGAUGGUGAUUUCACAGUGUAUGAAUGCCCAGGACUGGCUCCUACAGGAGAGAUGGAAGUCAAGAAUCCACUUUUUGAUGAUUCCUCUCUACAUCAUCCACCAACUAGUAGCUAGAUCAUCUGCUAUUUCUCUGGACUAUACACUUCAAGAAGGGAGAAUUAUCUACAUCACAAGAGAUCGUCCAACUGUGCACCAAAAGACUGUCUGCAUCUCCAUUGAUCUCGCUCCUCUUUCUGACUACUGGGGGAAUUCAGCCCCAAUCCCAACCCCCAUCCUGGCGGUAUAGUAAAUUCUGUAUUGGUUGCUGCCUCCUUAACUUUAGGUCCUGUGCUGCUGCCUCAAAACACACACACAAAUGCUCGCCUUAACCUUUCUUGAGCUAAUUUGCUGGGCAGUUUGAGAGAUUCUUUGAUCCCUGGAAUCUUCUUGCUUCUGAAGGGCAUGUGAUGUGUGAUGGACUGGAGAGUGAUGGUGCACCCUUCACCAGUGUUCUUGCUCAAUGCUUUUAAUGCAGCAAGUUAUGUAUGGAACUCCUGUGCAAUAGACAAACUGGUACAUAGUUGCCAAUGCAGCCAAUUUAGCAGUCCAGAUGAAGGGUCUCGACCAGAAACGUCGACUGAUCACUUCCCUCCACAGAUGCUGUGUGACCUGCUGAGUUCUUCCAGAAUCUUGUUUGUUGCAGCCAAUUUAACAGCAGUUUUCCCCAUCCACCUGAUUGUGGUGCACUGUGAUGACAUUCUCAAACUGAUCAGAAAGUAAUGACUGAAAGUGGAGGAGAGGUAUAACUGCAUUGAUGUGGGGUUUGUGCAGUGCUCAGGUUGUUGUAAAGGCUUCUCACAGGAUUAUUAAAGGGGACAAGUGGAUAUUUCAUUCUAUUAAGCAGUAAUCUGGUAGAAGCGUUCAAGGAAGUAGUUGUCUAGAAGCUCAGAUGCCAUUAAUUCUCUAUUGCAGUAACCUAUCAGUAAAUUUUUAUUCCAUCAGAAUGUGGUGUGUUUAUCAGCUGUCCCUAACUUUGAAUGAAGUCUUUGAAUGGAGCAGUUAUUGACACCCACACAGAUGAACAUUCAUUUUGAACAUCCUUUCUAUUCUGAUUUUCUAAAUUUUUCUGCUGCUCAUUAAGCAUUUAACAAAAAAAGGCUCUGAUUUUUGGAAGGUAAAAUUGGGGUCGAUUUACUGAGGUCUGCUGAAACGGGGAGCCUGGACCCAACACAACCGAUACCCUAGCUCCUCAAUUUAUGUACACUAAGUUUUAACCCCAGCAGUUGAAGGCCAAUUCUUUAUUGCCUCCAAAGUAGAAAUCUACUUCAAUACAGCUUUUGUUUGCUACCCUUGCAUCUUCCUCAUUUCUAGGUCUCCACAUCCUUAAGGUGCAACAUUUCCUUCAUACUGAAAAGAAUUACUUUGAAUGUUUGCACAUGAGCAGAAUGACUGACAGUGAUCGUAAAUGCUGAUAAUUAUACCAAUCAAUCCUUGGUUUAAUGAAAAAUAAUGGAGCUCCGUUUUUCACCCUAUGACAACUAGUGAAAAUCAGAUUUGUCCAUCCAACAGUGGUUAUGGUCAUACUCGCAGCCUUGAGAUUCUGAGUUCAAAUCUGAACACAGCAACUUAUAAAAUUCAAUCAAGCUGGUAGCUUAUGGAGUAAAAGCAGAGGAGAGAAUGAUAGGCUGCUAUAAAAACUCUGCCAGCCGCUUCUACCUGCUCUGUCCUACAUUUUACUCUUGUCCGCUAUACACAAUAGCCUUCAAAGUAGCCUGGCAAACCACAUGUUCAUGAAAGAGACAGACCAACCACCAGUCCAUGGCAACCAGGAAUGGACAAUAAAUGUGGUCUUGCUAGCAUUGAAGGGAUAUGUAUUUUUUUUAAAAGAACUCGACCAGCUUCUAGACUGUCAGCAAGCAAUCAGUUUGCUAACUAAUUUGUGUUUAUUGAAACAGUUUUGUUGGGGCUGUAGAGAGCUGCCCUCCCCUUAAAAUCUCACCCUCCCGGCUGAAGUUUUAUACCUGGAAGUUUAGUAUCCCUGAAAUGGCUGCACAUUGUACCUCAAUUGUGCGGCAUCAAAGACACUGGUGUUUGUUUGUCAAAGUGGGAAAAUGAUAACUUUGUAUAGUAGCCAUAUAAAUGCCUCGGUAUCAAAGAAGUUGUGUGAAUGUAAUAUAAUUGAAUGUAUAUGCAGGGGUGAUUUUAAGAAAAAAAAAUGAAGGAAAUAUCUACAUUGUGUAAAUUGGUUGGAAAAAAUUUUAAUCUAAGUAAAAAUUAAGUAAUUUAUGUAGAAGUUUAUAGUUACAGAUACCGAGUUGAAACUAAGUGAAAUUUUGCUUACAGGCCAACUGGAGAAGUUUUAUUAAGCCUUUAUUUUAAAGAGUUUUAAAGAAAAGUGAUUCAUAUGCUCCAUUUUACAGCUGAUGGUUUAAUAAUAAAUGAUAUGCCAGUGAGUUAAUUUGGGGAUAUUUUAUGUAAGGCAUAUUCAAUUCAGAGCACAUUGAUCCCACUGCCUCAGUCAGGAUUCAGUAAAUUGGUUCUAACCCCCAGGUAGUCAUAGGAGUCAUCUGUAGUCCAAAGAAAGCAAUCAGCUUACUCCUGAACUGACAGUUGAACUGGUGUCAACAGGUUAUUGAAGCUCAGCAACUGUUGGACAACCACUUCUUUUUUGUAAAUUUGAAAAAUAUUAGAAAAUGAUUGAACUGCACAGCUGAUAUAUCGGCAUCUAAAAUGGAAAAGAGGUCAACAUUUUAGUUGUAGGGUCCACCUCUGGCAGUGCAUGAACUCGUACAGUACAGGAGGAGGCCAUUCUGCCCCUUGUGUCGGCUCUUUUAAACCACUACGUAAUUAGUUCUAUUCCCCUCGUUGCAAAUUUCCCCAAAUACUUUAAUUAAUUAAUCUUCACUUUAAUUUUCAGAUGGUGUUGACAUACUUGAAUGUAACCAAAUACAUAAAAAAUCUGCUGAUUGAAGUUCUUGGCCAGGAAAUCUCUAAUGCACGAAUCAGCACCUUUUUAUGUCUUCAUGUAGUUUUUAAAUAUUUGAAGAACUAAGUGUAGAAAAAGCAGCAGCUUUGGUUUCCAGAAUCUUUACAGUGAGGGUUAGAACCUGUUAGAAAUAAUUAAAUGGUGACAUUGCAGAAACAAUUAAGAUAAACCUUAAAGCUAUCUGGAAACUGCUGCUUUCCACAUGAAAGGAGGUUAAUUGUAAGCCAGCUCCUUUGAUUAAUUUUAACGCUGAUGUUUAAAUUGUUAGGUCACAGUUUCCAUCCCACUGUAACUUGUGAGCAGAAAUAUGCUUUCAUUUUAAAAUGAGUAUGCAAUUUAAUGUGCUGGCUGAUGUUAAUGUUUCAUUUUUGAAGGAGGCUUGUUUUGUGGUGGUUAUGUGAGAAAUGAUAUAAGUUGUGAACUCUACAGCGCAUUGCAUAGAAUGAAGUGCAUCCAGAGUGCAGGUGGGUGAUGUUUGCAUUAGGUGAAUGUUUGGAUCAGAUGUUCAGUACUCUCCCUCUUGGUUUCUUCUUUCAUUAUGUGAUUGGCCACAGAGACUGUGGUGACCUCUAACAUUCCAGUGUUCUGGUCUGGACGUGUCUCGUGCUAUUCUUGCAUUUAUUACCUACUGGAGGUUAUUUCAGUUGUGUCUUUGUUUCCAGUAUAAUUUGUUUCUGCCAAAAUAGUCACCAUCUUUUCAAAUAUCUGUUCUUGCAUAUCGUAUAUUGUAUUUUUCUGUGAAAAUAAAUUGAUUUGUUGAAAUGCU